AGGAAGUAGGAACCAUACUGAAUUAUUCUCUGAUGAAUCAAUGAAGUAUGAUAUGCUGAGCUGAAUCAGAAACCAUAACAUCAGUGUCCAAAUAACCUACUAUUCAAUGGAAAUUUUUUCUUUCAUGAUUAUGGUUACUUACAUGCUUCUUCCCUCUCUCAAAAUGUCAUCAGUAGCUACCGACACUGUCACUGUGUCAGUCCAUGAAUCUACCCCGAGUGAUGAGUGUGAUAAAUAUGGUCUCUGUGGUGCCAACGGUAUUUGCAUGGCUGAAGAGUCACCAGCAUGCAAAUGUCUACGAGGAUUCAGUCCAAAGUCACCACAAGAAUGGAAUGCAAAGAAUUGGAGCCAAGGAUGCAUCCGCAAUGUUCCAUUAAGCUGCGAAAAAAACACUUCAACAUCUGGCUUUAUCAAAUAUGUUGGCGUGAAAGUACCAGAUACUACAUAUUCUUGGCUUGAUGAGAAUAUUGGUAUGGAGCAAUGCAGAGUUAAGUGCUUCAGUAUUUGCUCAUGCUCGGCCUUUGCUUAUUCAGACACAAGUGGUUGUGUCAUUUGGUUUGGCGACCUAAUUGACAUCAAAUUGUUUCAAACUGGUGGCCAAGAUCUGUAUAUCCACUUGCCUGAAUCGGAGUUAGAUCUUCUAUCUCAAGGUCGCCGCAAGAUGAUAAUAAUUGCUACCACAGUUGCUGCAAUUAGUGGGAUACUUUUGUUUUGCAUUUUUGUCGUAUGCAGAGUCAGAAGGAACACAGCAGAAAAGUUAAAAACGAUAGAUGACAUCGAAAAACAGCUACAAGAUAUGGAUUUGCCGUUGUUUGAUCUGCUAACAAUCACAACUGCCACUGACAAUUUCUCGUCGAAUAAUAAGAUUGGACAAGGUGGUUUUGGAUCUGUAUAUAAGGGAAAAUUGGUGGAUGGGCAAGAAAUUGCUGUGAAGAGACUUUCAAGCAAUUCAGGACAAGGAACAACCGAGUUUAUAACAGAAGUGAAAUUAAUUGCAAAGCUUCAACACCGUAAUCUUGUAAAGCUUCUUGGCUGUUGCAUCCGAGGACAAGAAAAAAUAUUAGUAUAUGAAUACAUGGUUAAUGGCAGCCUAGACUAUGCCAUUUUCGAUAAAAUAAAAGGUAAAUUUCUAGAUUGGCCCCAACGGUUCAACAUAAUACUUGGAAUUGCAAGGGGACUCUUGUAUCUUCAUCAAGAUUCCUGUUUAAGGAUUAUUCAUAGAGAUCUAAAAGCAAGUAACGUAUUACUCGAUGAAAAGUUAAAUCCAAAAAUAUCAGAUUUUGGAUUGGCUAGAGCUUUUGGAGGAGACCAAACUGAAGGAAACACAAAUAGGAUAGCUGGAACUCAUGGAUACAUGGCUCCAGAGUAUGCUGUUGAUGGCCUAUUUUCAAUCAAAUCUGAUGUUUUUAGCUUUGGUAUUUUAAUAUUGGAGAUAAUAUAUGGAAACAAAAACAGAGCUCUUUGUCAUGGAAAUCAGAAAUCUAACCUUGUUAGUUAUGCAUGGACAAUUUGGAAAGAGCAAAAUGCUUUGCAGUUGAUUGACUCAAGCAUAAAGGAUUCAUGUGUCAGGCCAGAAGUCAUGCGAUGCAUCCAUGUUAGUCUCUUGUGUGUGCAACAAUAUCCAGAGGAUAGGCCAACCAUGACUUCUGUAAUUCAAAUGUUAGGGAGUGAGACACAACUGGUUGAGCCAAAAGAGCCUGGUUUCUUUCCAAGGAGAAUUUCAGAUGAAGGAAAUUUAAGCUCAAAUUUAAACAAAAUGACUUCAAAUAAUGAAUUAACCAUUACCUCCUUAAAUGGCCGCUGAAAAUUUGAGUCAGCUGAACUUAUUUCACUGGCGCAUAAUUUGCAUUACAAGUACAUUCCCUAUCAAAGGAUUUUUGUUUCGAAAUAGUUGUUCUGAUGUAUUUGCAUGGUUAUAUAUAAAGAUAUAAUCACACGUUUUAAUGUUUUUUCCGGGGACAAAAUUGAUACAUGUUGUAGUAGAGGCUUCACCCUCCCAGCAGACUCCAUCACUAUGUGGUUUCAUGACUCAUAGCAACACUGCAACAACAUUGUUAUCUCAUGGAUCAACCGAAUGAAGCUUGACUCCACAGAUUGCACAAAUUACCAUUUUCAUUGAUAAUGCACGAGAUCUUCAAGACAAUGAUAGACUUUUGCAUCUGACAUUUUGCGAGAAUUACAUUCUAUUGCUAUAUACCAAGAAUGGAGAUCGCAAUGGAUCAAUAUUCUUUACUGAUUUGAAGUCUCUCCAGAAAGUAUUAAAAACUUUAAGGCCUACCACUUCUUGUUCAUGCCACAACCCUUGUCCUUGUAAUCUUUCUAAAUGCAUCAAAUAAUAUAAAGACAAUGAGUAUGUCAUAUGCUUCUUAAAAGGUUUGAAUGAUUAUUUCAACACUGUUAAAACUCAAAUUCUUCUGCUUCAAUUAACAAGGUCU